GCAGCAGAGAAAAAGUUAGUUUGAAGUGCACACAAUAGAGAAGAGGAGAGAGAGAAGAGAGAGAGGGUAGCGAAAAGCAGGAGCACCACUCGUGGGGUUAAAACUUAAAACCCCGAGGAGCACAUAGGAGCAGCAGCACGAGGAAGAAUAAGAAGGAGAAGCAAAGCGAGCAAGAACCGAGAAGCAGAGCGAGCUUCUCCCUGCUACCGCUAGUAGGAGCACGGUUGCAAGCACAAGCAGGAAGCUAACCGUAAGCGAGAAGCAGUUGCAGCAGUGGCGUCCUCUGCUCCUAGUUGCCCCCUCCGGCGGCGGCGGCGGCAGCGGUCGGAUCUGACGUGCGGCGGCGGCAGGGUCCCCUGGAGCUCAAGGCCAUCCUUCUGAAGCUCGCGGCGGCGAGAUCUGAGUUCAGUCGCACGGGAGGAGGUUUCGCUGUGCAGGCGUGCCUCUUGGUGCUCCCGGAGCCUCAAAGGCGGCGCCAUUGCGCAUUGCCGUCUCUUCCCCGCAAGCUCUAAAGCUUCCCAAGAGUUCAAACUGGGGUUCUUGGAUUGAGAGGCUCGCACCGUGAUGUAAAUUUGAGCUCUCGGAUCGAAAAGGUUUCGCCUUUGCGCCGGCCGGCAGCGCGGAGUGAGAGGUUUGGCCAGUUCGGCGGAGGAGAAAGCGAUGGUGCUGGGCUGCUCGCACAUGAUUGGAGGGUCUCGUGAUUUGGUGUAGAAGGAAGGGACCUAACUUCGGUUCUCUCUCCCCUUCGCUCUCCAUUUCGUGCGCUCCUGUAUCGCGUUUAGAUCGGUCGGCGAGUGGUGGGGGAAGAAUGAAGCUCUCGCCGUCGGCCGGCGGCGGCCUUCCGGAACAGCCAGCGUCGCCGGAAGAAGCAGAAGAGCACAAGUGCCUAAAUUCUGAGCUGUGGCAUGCUUGUGCCGGCCCCCUUGUUUCGUUGCCUGCGGUUGGUAGUCGAGUGGUGUAUUUUCCUCAAGGCCACGGUGAGCAGGUAGCGGCAUCAACAAAUAGAGAAAUGGAGUCUCAGAUCCCCAACUAUCCUAGCCUGCCUCCGCAGCUUAUAUGCCAACUCCAUAAUGUGACCAUGCAUGCUGAUGCAGAGACAGAUGAAGUCUAUGCACAGAUGACACUGCAGCCACUGAGCCCACAAGAGCUCAAGGACCCAUUUCUACCUGCCGAAUUAGGGACUGCCAGCAAGCAACCAAUGAAUUAUUUUUGCAAAACAUUAACCGCAAGUGACACAAGUACACAUGGUGGAUUCUCAGUUCCCCGCCGAGCAGCAGAGAAGGUGUUUCCUCCACUGGAUUUCAAUCUGCAGCCUCCAGUACAGGAGUUGAUUGCAAAAGAUCUUCAUGGCAUUGAGUGGAAAUUUCGUCAUAUCUUUCGCGGUCAACCAAAGCGGCAUCUUCUGACAACAGGUUGGAGUGUCUUUGUUAGUGCAAAGAGACUGGUUGCUGGAGAUUCUGUCCUUUUUAUCUGGAAUGACAACAAUCAGCUGCUUCUGGGAAUUCGUCGGGCAAACAGGCCACAAACCGUCAUGCCAUCUUCAGUACUGUCUAGUGAUAGCAUGCAUAUUGGUCUGCUUGCUGCAGCAGCUCAUGCUGCAUCAACAAAUAGUCGGUUUACUAUUUUCUACAAUCCAAGAGCAAGCCCUACAGAAUUUGUCAUACCAUUUUCUAAGUACGUCAAAGCUGUGUACCAUACCCGUAUAUCUGUGGGCAUGCGUUUCCGGAUGCUUUUUGAGACAGAGGAAUCUAGUGUUAGGCGAUACAUGGGGACAAUUACAGGAAUAAGUGAUCUCAAUCCUGUUCGCUGGCCCAACUCGCACUGGCGCUCUGUAAAGGUUGGAUGGGAUGAGUCAACUACCGGAGAGAAGCAGCCAAGGGUGUCUCUUUGGGAGAUUGAGCCACUGACAACUUUCCCGAUGUAUCCAUCUCCUUUUGCUCUUGGAUUAAAGCGUCCAUGGCCUACAGGCCUGCCUUCUUUAUAUGGUGGAAAGGAGGAUGGUUUGACUUCUUCUCUUAUGUUGCUUCGAGACGGUGCAAACCCAGGUUUCCGGUCAUUGAAUUUUGGUGGGCUUGGUACGAGCCCUUGGAUGCAGCCUAGGCUGAAUAAUUCCCUGCUUGGUCUGCAAUCUGACAUGUACCAGACCAUAGCUGCAGCAGCAGCUUUACAGAACACCGCGAAGCAAGUCUCACCUGCAGUAAUGCAGUUCCAGCAGCCUCGAUCUGUUCUUCUAUCUAGUCAGAUUCUGCAGCAAGUACAGCCUCAGUUUCAGCAAAUUUACCACCAAAAUAUCAAUGAUAACGCAAUUCAAGGUUAUACUCAGCCUGAGUACCUCCAACAACAGCUUCAACGCUGCCAAUCAUUUAAUGAGCAGAAGCCUCUGCUGCAUUCACAGCAACAGCAGCAAGAAUUGCAGCAGCAGCAGCAGCAACAAUGUGUGCAAACACCACAGAAUCAACAAAUGCAACAACAGAAGCACUUUCCCAACUUUCAGUCCUUGCCAAAUGCAUUGUCGACUUUUUCUCAGCUUUCCUCAGCCACUCACUCUCCACCUUCCACAUUGCCGACAGUUUCAGCAUUCUCACAUCAACAGAACUUUCCAGACACAAACAUCAGUUCUCUCUCACCAUCCAAUGUCUCUUCCAUGCAUGGCAUGUUGAGACCAUUACCUUCAGAAGCAGCUUCGAGCCUCCCAGGUGUGUCAAAAACCACCCCUGUACCGGUAUCUGACCCAUGGUCAUCUAAGCGAGUCGCAGUGGAGUCUGUUAUCCCUUCUCAGAUACAACAGCUGGAUAUGGCGCCUUGUAAUAUACCACAAAGCUCAGAGUUAGCACCAUUACCUGGACGAGAGUGCUUAGUGGAUCAAGAUGGGAGCUCUGAUCCUCAAAAUAACAUCAUGUUUGGUGUUAACAUAGACUCACAGUCACUUAUGAUGCAAGGUGGCAUUCCAAGCCUUCAGAACGAUAAUGGUUCAAGCACGAUUCCAUAUUCUACCGCCAAUUUCCUGAGCCCCUCUCACAAUAAUUUCCCCUUGAAUCAAGCACUAAAUGAUUCAGGCUGCUUAUUAGAUGAAUCGGGAUAUGUUCCAUGUGCAGCGAAUUCUGAGCAAGUAAAUCAACCGCCUGCAACCUUUGUGAAGGUCUACAAAUCUGGAACCUAUGGAAGGUUGCUUGAUAUCACUAGAUUUAGCAGCUAUGAUGAACUUCGUAGUGAGGUGGGGCGUCUUUUUGGCCUUGAGGGCCAGUUGGAAGACCCUCUGAGAUCAGGCUGGCAGCUUGUAUUUGUUGACCGAGAGGGCGAUGUCCUUCUUGUUGGUGAUGACCCGUGGCAGGAAUUUGUGAACAGUGUAUCCUACAUAAAGUUACUUUCGCCGGAGGAAGUUCAGCAGAUGGGCAAGCAAGGCAUUCAGCUCUUGAGCUCGGCUCCUCCAAGAAGGCUCAGCAAUGGCUGUGACAGUUAUGUGAGCAGGCAGGAAUCAAGAAGCCUAAGCACUGGAAUGGCGCCAGUGGGUUCAGUUGAGUUCUGAAGAUAGGGAGCUCAUGGCCCUCAGCUUUAGGAUGCCUGUUCUGUAUGUUUCCACAGCUCUUCCUACUUCUGUGACUUUGAACCAAGCACAUAGAUCUAAUGUAACUUUAUGUUAUGCACCGUCGGAUAAUUCUGUCAUAUGAUAUAGACUUUUAGCAGAAACUACUACAUAUUGUGUACAUGCCAGCACUUCCUUCCGUGGAAUACUAAUCCCGCUAAUUUAGUGCAUCUAAUUGUUAUAUUCU